AUGGCUCUAUCCAGCCGACGCCGGCUUCGAGGUCGCAGGAUCCCCAUGGAAACGGAAUGCGGGAAAAUAAUGUCGUCCCGUUCGGACAGUGGGAGCGGGGAGGACUCGUUGGACCGGCUCCUGCCCCCCACCGGUGCCCCUCGCAGGAAGAGCACUACUUCGCUGAGUAAAACAGAGCCUCCUCUGCUCCGCACGGGCACGCGCACCAUCUACACUGCCGGUCGACCCCCGUGGUACGAUGAGCACGGAGCUCAGUCUAAAGAGGCCUUCGUCAUUGGGCUGUGUGGGGGCAGUGCUUCAGGGAAGACCACUGUGGCCAAUAAGAUCAUCGAGGCUCUGGAUGUGCCGUGGGUGGUGCUGCUGUCGAUGGACUCUUUCUACAAGGAUUUAUCACCUGAAGAGCAAGCUUUGGCAGCAAACAACGACUACAACUUUGAUCACCCUGGAGCUUUUGACUUUGAGCUGCUGGUGGCCACUCUGAGGAAACUGAAGCAGGGAAAGAGUGUGAAGAUCCCGGUGUACGACUUCACCACGCACAAGAGACAGAAAGACUGGAAAAAUGUGUAUGGUGCCAGCGUGAUCAUAUUUGAAGGAAUUAUGUCUUUUGCAGACAAAGAGCUCCUUCAGCUCCUGGAUAUGAAAAUCUUUGUGGACACAGAUUCAGACAUCAGGCUCGUCCGGCGGCUUCGCAGGGACAUCACCGAGCGCGGGCGGGACAUCGAAGGCGUCAUCAAGCAGUAUAAUAAGUUUGUGAAGCCGGCCUUUGAGCAGUACAUCGAGCCCACCAUGAGGCUAGCUGAUAUUGUGGUGCCCAGAGGUGGUGGAAAUAUGGUGGCAAUUGACUUGAUAGUUCAACAUGUUCACAGCCAGCUGGAAGAGCGUGAGCUCAGUGUCAGGGCGCUCCUGGCCUCGGCUCAGCAGAAUCAGCCGCUGCCUCAGACGCUCAGCGUGUUGGAGAGCACGCCGCAGGUCAGAGGCCUGCACACCAUUAUCAGGAAUAAAGACACCAGCAGAGAUGAGUUUAUCUUCUACUCAAAGAGAUUAAUGCGACUUCUCAUCGAACAUGCACUAACAUUCCUACCAUCUCAGCCGUGUGUGGUUCAGACUCCGCAGGGCCACGAGUAUGAGGGCCGCUCUCACAGCGGUAAAGGGAUCACCGGUGUGUCAGUCCUCCGGGCGGGAGAGACCAUGGAGCCCGCCCUAAGAGCCGUGUGCAAAGACGUCCGCAUCGGGAAGAUUCUGAUCCAAACCAACCUCGACUCAGGAGAACCAGAGCUGCAUUACCUGCGUCUGCCCAAAGACAUCAGCGAAGAUCAUGUCAUCCUAAUGGACAGCACGGUCUCCACCGGAGCGGCUGCCAUGAUGGCCGUACGAGUCCUUUUGGAUCACGAGGUUCAGGAGGAUAAGAUCGUGUUGGUGUCUCUGUUGAUGGCCGAGCUCGGCGUUCACUCUGUCGCCUACGCCUUCCCGAAGGUCAAAAUCAUCACCACUGCUGUGGACAAGAGUCUGGAUGAUUUCUUACAUGUAAUUCCUGGAAUUGGGGACUUCGGGGAUCGGUACUUUGGGACAGAUGGGUCCGACAGCUGGAGUGACGAUGACCAGGAGGAGCCGUCAUACUGACACAAACAUGUGUGAGCCUAUGUGAAAGAAACUUGAAAACUUGUGUUAAAGUGCAUCCUCCCAAUAAGGCACAGACCAGCAGAAACAGAAACUGUGAUUAUCCCUCCUUUUUGUACUUUAGGUAAAAUUUUAUAGUCUUAUACAACAGAUGAGUCACAGUCAGAGUGUACACAUGAGGGAUAUUUGGCUGUAUUUACAGUAGAGUGUUGAUUUCAACAGAAGGUAUGAGAAGGUAGAGGUAAA